UACAAAACUGUAUAUAUAGUAAAAGUGCAAAGUUAGUCGUCCAUAAUUUUGAAAGAAAACUUCAGUAAAGAUUUUUUUUUCAAAAACUGCCUAUACCAUAUAUUGCAGUGUUAUUGAGAGAAGUCAUAUAAAAAUGAUGAUACAGGAGAAACUCAUUUCGGGACAAUUCCUAUUUGAUUUGAAAAAUGAACACAACAACUUGUUGCAUUCAGCCACCGCACAGCACGCACGUCUCUCCGCACAUCAGUCCUUCCUUUCACACUCUCAAGCCUUCAAUCACAGCCUGCCGCUCACACAACAUGCGCUUCACCAAACACACGGCGCUCUCCCAGCCGCUACAAUUGAGCAGCUCGAACUCUACUCCGCCUACGCUUACCAACAACAGGCACAGCUGAUUGGCAGCACCGCACAAGCGGAGUGCGCUAGCCGACACCAAUCAGCAAGCGAGGUACUCGAUCUCUCACGGCGCGAUUCCGUUGAGACUGCAUCGGUACGUAAAACACCUUCGCCUUAUCAUACGAACUCAAGCAUCGAUGCCGAAUCGCCAGCGGGAUCACCAAUACACAGCCAACAUCAGCAACAGCUGUUGCAACCUAAUUUGCUUUACAACGCCCAACAACAAAUGGGGCGUCUUGCGCCGCCGCUAGCAUCCUUCUAUCCAGCGUUUUAUUCCUCAAUCGGUCUCGCCAAAGAAGCCACUGCAGCAACCACGCCACCAUUGGCAGCAGCAGUGACACCACCAGCAUCAAACGCAUCGCUUUACACCGCACAUACACAGGCUUCACCAAUCUCCAAUAAUUCCUUGGCUGUUGCGACCGCCGUUGCGGCUGCUGCCGCCGCUGCUAGCACAACGCCUAAUAGCAUGCUACACAAUCUCAAAACUGAAGCAGAUGUGCACAUGACGCCACUCUCGCCCAGCUCCAGCCAUGAUGGACGCAGUAAAUCGCCCGCAAUGCAGUUGGCAAACGUUGCCCCCAACAAUCCCACUACGCCAAACAGCAGCUCCGCAUUGAACCCGCUGAAGUCUACGCGCCCCUUCAAGGCCUUCCCACGCGAUCCGCUAGUUAUAGCCGCCAAUUUCGCCGCCACCGACGUGCUAUUGGACAAUCCGCGUGUCGAACGCUAUACGGAAUACCGUAAGCGCGUACUGGAGCAAAUACACAACAGCAAUGGUGGCGCGCGUACCAUCACCAACCCAAAGAUGCGUCGCAUGAAUUCACGGCGCAACAGUAACACCAGUAGCAAUGCGCCUGAGGGCGCCAGCAGUGAGGGUGAGGAACGUCAUGGCGCUGGCGCAGAUGAGUCCAGCGAUUGUGACUCCUCUUACACUGGCGGACAAGCGGAUAAAGUGAGUUCUUCAGCGCAUGCCAACAAUGGUGAGGAAAAUAAUAAUAUCGGUGCUGGCAACAGCAGCAGCUCGGCCGGUGGACAAGUAAAGGAUGCGGCUUACUAUGAGCGCCGCCGCAAAAAUAAUGCUGCGGCUAAAAAGUCGCGCGAUCGUCGACGCAUAAAGGAGGAUGAGAUUGCCAUACGCGCUGCCUACUUGGAACGUCAAAACAUUGAAUUGCUCUGCCAAAUCGACGCACUAAAAGCGCAGCUAGCCGCUUUCACUUCAAAAGCCGUGAGCGCGUGAACGAGUUUAGCUCGGUCGUGAUGGAAGAGAAGACAGGCAAGCAGGCAAAAGUAGCGUUCAACGUAGCCGCAAACUUAAUCCAGUUUUUAUUCAUUAAUAAAUCCGCAUUGAGGAGAUCCAAAGUUGUUGUAGAAGUCUGAUUAGUGAAAUGAUUACAAAAGAGGUUUAUAUGUUGUGAUUCUAAGGUAUACG